AAUCUGCAGCGGCUGUAAACCUCGUUCGCUGGCCUGGUUUCUGUGAGUGGAGGACCGCAGGAGAUCACUUUUCUGGUUAGCUGUGGGUUAAUAGCAUGAGAAAGAUGCUAACCAUCAUUUCUAACGUUCUGAGGGGCGGCGCCAGCAGGAACGGAGCCGAACUGGUAUCAGAGUCCUCCACUCUCCAGGCCGUUCUGCAGCUUCUGGCGGUCCAGAGCGAAUAUGCAAAUUUGACCGCUCCACACGACCAUGAUCCUGACCCCCCUCCUUACUCGACACAGUGCCAAAGCCCAUCAGUUUCCCCUCCAUUAACACAAACUCCUCACAACGCUGCUGUAGAAUACAAAUCUUUAAUGCACACCACCAGUGGCCAGUCUUCAGGACACUCAGGACCACCUGACAGACCCCUGACAGAUGCUGUUUCUUCAGAGGCGGUAGUUCCGAAAAUAGCUUGCAUAGAUCCAGUGGUGACCAGUGAUUCAUCCAUCUCAGAACAAUUAAACACAGAUCCUUCUGUUACAGAAACUAUUCCAACAAUAGAAAAAAAUAACACUAUAGGUGUUCCUGCAUCCCCUGGCCAAUUUACACAUCAUAAGUCACCUAUUAACCUAGUCCCCAGCCCAAUUCAGUUAAUCCCUGCAGUAGCUAUCAGCAGUUCCAACAUUACCAGCACAGACCCCAUUGUGUCCCUUAGUCCCUCACCAUCCGGGAGCCUUCUGGGACUUGAUAAAUCCUUCCCAGAGAUCACGCACAGCCAGGCUGAAGGGACUCCCUUACCAGAGCCACAGCUUGCUGGUGCAAGGGUGGUGGUAUCUGCCAGGACAUAUGCAGACUUUACCCCUCAGGCCACCUUUGAUAUUAAGAAAUGUGACGUGCACAAGCUGGAGGAGGGCCCAGCAGUGCAGGCAGUGCUAACCAGAGAAGAAGGCCUUCAAUACUACCGAACAAUGCAGACCAUGAGGCGCAUGGAGCUCAAAGCUGAUCAACUCUACAAGCAGAAGAUCAUCAGGGGCUUCUGUCACCUUUAUGAUGGACAGGAAGCGUGUGCCGUGGGUAUUGAGGCAGGUAUUAAUCUAUCAGAUCAUCUCAUCACAGCCUACCGUGCCCACGGGUACACACUCACCAGAGGAGGCACCGUUCGGGAGAUCAUGGCUGAGCUGACUGGUCGUAGAGGAGGUAUUGCCAAAGGAAAGGGAGGAUCAAUGCACAUGUACACUAAGCAUUUCUAUGGAGGAAAUGGAAUUGUGGGGGCUCAGGUGCCUCUUGGGGCAGGUGUAGCGCUGGCCUGCAAAUACCAGGGCAAGAAUGAGCUGUGUGUCUGUCUCUAUGGGGAUGGUGCUGCUAACCAGGGUCAGAUCUUUGAGACAUAUAAUAUGGCAUCUCUGUGGAAGCUGCCGUGCAUCUUCAUUUGUGAGAAUAACAAAUACGGCAUGGGUACUUCUGUGGAGAGAGCGGCCGCUAGUACAGACUACUACAAGAGAGGCGAUUUUAUACCUGGAUUGAGGGUUGAUGGCAUGGAUAUUCUUUGUGUGAGGGAGGCCACCAAAUUUGCUGCUGAACACUGCAGAUCAGGAAAGGGUCCUAUUCUGAUGGAGCUGCAGACCUAUCGUUAUCAUGGACACAGUAUGAGUGACCCAGGAAUCAGUUACCGCACACGUGAGGAGAUCCAGGAGGUGCGCAGCAAGAGCGACCCUAUCUCGAUGCUGAAGGAUCGCAUGCUGAGCAACAACAUGGCCAGUGUGGAGGAACUGAAGGAGAUUGAUGUGGAGGUAAGGAAAGAGAUCGAGGACGCAGCUCAGUUUGCCACCACAGACCCCGAGCCUCCGCUGGAAGAUCUUUGCAACCACAUUUUCUACAAUGACCCUCCUUUGGAAGUGCGUGGCACCAACCCCUGGUCCAAGCUCAAGUCCAUCAGCUAAAUCUCCUUCCUCCUCCAUCUCCUCUUCCUACUGGUUGACCCUCUCCCAUUGAAGCACACAGAUAAAAAAAAUCCCCUCCAGUGUGGCUAUAGGUUUCAGAGACAGUUAUUGGGAAACUCAACCACAUUGAGAAACGUUGCCUCAUUUCACAUUUGAUCAUUGCCUUGUUUUCUUGUUGUCUUCAUCAGUUACAACACUAACCCUCAAUAUAUUUUACAUCAUCUGUUGCGAACAGCAUGUACAGUAAUAUGUGAAUAAACGCUGCAGGGCUUGGCUUGUAAUUUUUGGUACUUUCCAAAUGUUUCCAGUACCUCUACAGCGUCCACGCAUUGACAGAAGAUUUACUUUGUUGACUCACAGACAUGCAUGCGCUCACACAUUCACAGCUUUAUAUAUCAGCAGGAGUGUGUGUUUUGGAGUGUGUGAGUUGGUGAAAUGCAGCCUUGCAGUUCUAGCUUUACAAAACAUCUAAAGGGAAGUGUUUAUUAACAGAUAAAAUGUAAAUCUCUGUGGCCAUACUACAAAAAAAAGGUUUGUGUACUAUUUAGGGGGUUUAGUAUGGGAUGUUUUAUUUUUUGUGGUAUCAUAAAACUUAUGCCUACUUGAUUCAUUCAUAGGCUGUAAAGUGUUUUAAAAAUAUAUUUUAAUGCAUAAGAUUUCAAAUAAAACUAAAAUUUGGCUUUAAAAUGGGAAAAGGUUAUUUGAUUCUCACUAUUUCAUUCACUCUCUAGAACAUUUAUUUAAAACGGGAGUUUUUUCUUCACAUAUUUAUUAUGAAAAAAGUUUUUGUUACAAGCAAUGUUACUGGGGAUAUAUCCUAAAAUUUGACUAUUUCAGUGUAUUAAUGGUUGUUUUUAAUGUUUGUUUAAAAUAUGUCUGAAUUGGGAAUGUAUUAAAUGUUGGAGUAGGGUGUUAAAAUGCUGUUGAAAGGUUAAAGGGGGGCAUCAGGGUCACAGGUUUAACCUUUUAUGUUGUAUCGACUAGGAUGGGAAGUCAAGAAGAUCAGGCAAUGUGUGUGAUGUUCAAUGUGGUCUUUAUAACAUACAACUACAAAUAAAUCAUUCAAAUUUUU